AUGGACGUGACAUGGAUACUAUUUAAAGGGAAAACAUACACAAACCCCCUCCUCCCAGGCUGGCACUCCGACCCCUCAUGCGUCCACGUCCCAGCCCACAACAACACCACCUUCUGCGUAGCCUCCACAUUCAUCGCCUUCCCCGGUCUGCCCAUCUACGCCUCCCAAGACCUGCAAGCCUGGAAGCUCGCCAGCAACGCCUUCAGCCGGCCGUCGCAGAUCCCCGACCUGCGCGAGACGACGAAUCAGCAGGGCGGGCUGUACGCGCCGACGCUGCGCUACCGCGGGGGGAGGUUCUACCUGAUUGUGUCGUUUUUGGGACCCUCGACUAGGGGACUGCUGUUUAGUAGCGCGGAUCCGUUUAAGAGUGAGGCGUGGGGUGAGCCGGUUGAGUUUGAUGUUGUGGGGAUUGAUCCGGAUAUUUUUUGGGAUGAUGAUGAAGGAAAUGUGUAUGUAACGUCGGCGGAUGAUCAGCGGAUUCAGCAGUAUUCGUUGGAUUUGGAGACGGGGGAGACGGGUCCGGCUGUUGAUUUGUGGAACGGGACUGGGGGGAGGGAUGGGUGGUAUUAUUUGCUGAUUGCGGAGGGGGGCACGGAGGUUGAUCACGCUGUGAUGAUGGCGAGAUCGAAUAAUCGGACCGGUCCGUGGGAGCCGUGUCCGCAUAAUCCGCUGUUGACGAAUAGAGGUACCGAGGAGUACUUCCAGACUGUUGGGCAUGCGGACCUGUUUCAGGAUGGCAAUGGGAACUGGUGGGCUGUGGCGCUGGGUACGCGGUCGGGGCCCGAGUUCGUGACUUAUCCGAUGGGCCGCGAGACGGUCAUGGCGCCGGCGACGUGGGCGGAGGGCGAGUGGCCGGUUAUUGAGCCGGUGCGAGGACAGAUGCAGGGCCCACUUCCUCGCAAGAACAGUCGUUCUCUGAAGGGCCGCGGCGAGGGCCCCUUCGUCAAGCGGCCUGAUCGGUUGGAUUUCGAGCCUGGCUCGUCUAUCCCCGCGCACCUUGUGUAUUGGCGGUAUCCGAAGGAGGAGCAUUUCGCCAUCUCGCCGCCGGGCCACUCGCAUACCCUUCGUCUUACUCCCGCGUUUGCUAACCUCACAGGGGAUGCGUCCUUUCAGCCGGACGAUGACAUCACGUUCCUUGCUCGCCGCCAGACUGACACGCUGUUCACCUACACGGUUGAUGUUAACUUCUCGCCGACAGUGGUCGACGAGGAAGCCGGCAUCACUCUCUUCCUGACACAGUUCCAGCACGUGGAUAUGGGCAUCGUGUUGUUGGAAUCUUCGAGCGGAGCGCUGACGCCCUCGCUCCGCUUCCGCACCGAAGGACGGGGUAACUACGAGGAAGAUAUCCCCACGAAGUCGAUCGAGCUUCCACAUGAGUGGUUGGGUAAACCAGUCAGGCUCGGCAUCCGGGCUGUGAGUGACGAGAAGUACGAAUUCUUCGCACGGUCGACAGGUAGGCCCAAGGAGACCAUCCUUGGGUCUGUUGAUGCCAGGGUGGUGAGUGGAAACACGGGGAAAUUCACCGGCACCCUUGUUGGGGUUUAUGCAACGAGCAAUGGGGGGUCGGGCCAGACACAGGCAUAUGUCAGUCGGUGGAGAUAUGAGGGCCAAGGGCAGAAGAUUGAUCACGAGAUCAUUGUUCCUAGCUACUAG